AUGAAUAUAAACUUCUUUGCAAAUAGUGAACCAUCUAGAUUGACUUGUAACCAAUUGGAAGUACCUCUAUUGAACUCCUAUAAGGCUCAAGGAACCCCAGACAAUAUCUGGCAACCCUACCUUUCUGAGAAUGAAUCUAUAAGAAACGCUCAACAGUGUAUCGCAAAUAAUGGUACCAAAAGAAGUACACCAAGAAAAGUAAAGACAAGGAAAAUCCUGUUAGCACCAUUAUCAAGAAGACAAGAACAUUUCCUGUAUUCAUAUAAAAAAACACAUAUUUGGAGGUUUAAAUAUCAGAGGAAGAAAUCAAAACCACCUUUAUUGAUGUUCCCUGCAUCUGCAUAUUCGAACACAAUAAGAUUUGGUGCUUAUUCUGGGAGUAUCGAUAAUAGAGCAAUGGGAUGUCCUUUAAGAGGUGUUAAGCAUGGACUGUUUCUAAAACCAGGACAGAAUUGUCCUUGUCAACGUCUAACUUACUUGUCUAGUCCAUUGUGUAGCAUGCUCAAAGUUCCCUGA